UAUAAACCCGACAAUCAUUCCAAAAGGUCCAUUAUUAUUAUAUCAUUUAUUCUAUAAAAAAACAUCAUAAUCGUGGUUAUGACGCCGUUUAUACGAUACAUAAUCUUGCUUUUUUUGUCUAAUUAAAAAUUAACAUUGUUUGACUGAAGAGGAUGAUCGCAGUUAUCACCGUGAGGAUUGUCCACGCCGUCGACGUUCCUCAGCCAGAACGUCACGUCGAAGGAGGCCGCGCCGUUAGGGACGUCAUCCAUCACCGCCUCUUGUCCCGCCGGGAAGAAUAUUCCGGUGCGGGGGUGUGGGACCCAACAAACGGAGUCUUUGUUCCUCGUCGAGUCUUUGUGGAUGGAAUCUUCAGGUUUCGGAAUCUGAUUUGGCGUUGUCGUUUUGCUUGUUGAACGUACUUGAAAUUGCUUCGAAACG